GCGCUAUAUUCCGGGAGUACGCUACAUCUGGGCUCACCUUAUUCAAUGUCAGUACGCAUAGAAAAGACACCCUUUACAAAUUGCAGUGAGAAUUUUAUUCAGAGUCACGAAUUCGAUGAGGAGUCUCAGAAGAACGAAGAUAGUCGCAAAUCUAUAGAAGUUGCCGAGUAUUUACUGGAUAAAAAGCUCUUUUUGUCUGCACUCGAGUACUAUUUUGAACAGUUGGAGCGUGGUAAAAGUAUAAAACUUUUGCAUGAGUUCUUCACUAGUCCAAAUUUUGUUGAUAAUUUGAACUUAUCUUCUGUGGAGUCAUCCAGUUUGUUGAUGGGGAAAUAUCCAAGCCUAUCCUCUUUGGAUUCGUCAGAUAUUGGACGGAUAUCAGAUGAUGGGAAUACACUUGAAGAAAAACUAAAAGUACUUGAAUAUGAGUUGCGCAAGAAGAAUGAUGAAAUAAGUUCAUUACGGAAUGAGUUAACCACUUUGGUAGCAUGCGGAUAUAAAGGUGAUGUACAAUCUUCACAAACUUCAGAUUCUACUUUGAAUAAUCAUUUUCGGUCGAAUUUUAACAAUGGUACUCAAAAAACGCUACCUCAUGAACUACGUGCAAUAUCAUUUUUAAUUAAUGAAUAUUUUUUGGAACAAAAUUUUCGUUUAACUGCAAUACAAUUUGCUGAAGAAGUAGAAGAACAUGGUUUGCAUAGUCUGGAAUCAUGGCAUGAAGUUGCAAUAAAUUUACGGAAACCUCCAAGCUUAUUAUCUUUACUCAGGUUAUAUUGGAAUCCUUCUUCUGUUUCACAAUCAUCACAAAUUUCAUCAAAUCGAGAUGUACCAAAUUGUAAAUUUUGUGAAGUUGCUGUUCAGACUGAAUCUGAUCAAAAUGUUUAUACUGUUACAGCUGGUUUUAAUGAAUAUUCCUCAAUAGAAAUUCAAGCAAAAAAUGAGGAGAUUUCAUCGUUAAAAUCGAAAAUCAAUCACUUAGAAUUACAGUAUUCAACUGCUUCACAAAACACCAGGGAUUUACGUAAUCAACUUAUUUGUCUUAAACGUGAACACAUUGAAAUGAUAGAUAAAACAUUAUCAAAUAAAUACACUACUACGACAAAUGCAAACACCACUGUGAUAAAGGUGAGUGAUUCCGAUGAUGAAUGCAAUAACCAAUCAAGCCUAAGUGACAAUGACAGUGUUUCAUAUUCAUCUCCUGGAAAAUUUGGUUUUGCUGAUCGAACUAAUAAAUCUUGUCGUAAACUAUCCAAAGAGUUUUCUAGAUAUAUUGCUCAUUUAUUACCGGAUGAUGACCUAAUGUUAAAUGAAAUUAACCAUAAUUUUCACUUAACCGAUUCAUUAGACGAAUUUGUCACAUUUUUAGCUCAAUAUGUUGAAAAGAUUUUACCAUACUUAGUUGAUAAAGGCAAAUUAAUUUUUCUCCCCUUAUUAGUUCAAAUUAUUUGUUUACAUUCCAAUCCAUCGGCACGUGAUCAAUUUCUCUGCCUAUUAUUUGAUUUCCUUUCAACUACUUCGUCCCCUACCUUAUCACCUCAAUCAUCAUUAUUGUCAAUUGAACAUAAAAUUUAUGUGGAUCAUAUGAAUCCACCUAGUUUAAUUAAAAUGAAUACUGGUUGUGAUUCACUUGAUCGUAUAAAUCAUGAUGAAUUCUCUAAGCAUAUAUUAAAUGCUUUACGAUUAUUAGCUUCAUAUUUAGGUCCUGCUCGAUUGGAAGGUGAACUGUUACCGGGAUUAUGGUUACAAAUAAAUAAAUGUCCAAUUUCUGAUCUAUCCAGAAGGCUUCUUUUAGUAUCGGCCUGCGGUGUAAUCGCUCCUCACCUUCCGUCGCAUUUACAAUCUUCCAUAAUGUUAUGUAUCAUGGAAUCCAGCCUGGAUGAAGAACGUAAUCCAACAGUACUGGCAGCUAGUAUACGUUCUCUGUCAUGUCUAAUUAGUUCAAUGUCGGAUUCUUAUAAAUUGCCACAAAUUAUACGUCGACUUAAUUCAUUUCUUAUACAAACUGCAAAUAUAUUCAAUGAUCCGCAACAGUUGAAACUGUUUUAUUUAUCAAAUAAGAAUUCAUCAUCAUCGGGAACAACAACGACAACGGUGCAAUCAUUAUCUAAUCCCAUAUAUAAUGCUACUAUGAAUUAUUUCUUAUCAUCUAUAGCUCAAUGGUGUUUAGAAUUAGACUCGAUUCAACAAGUUCUACUUGAUCCAUGGUUAAUUCAUUUCGAUAAUUAUAUUUUAGCACGUCAAAAUACUAAAGAUGAGGUCGCACCUGAUAUGGUAUUGCUUUAUUUAAAUACUCUAUAUUAUUUAGCACCAUUUCUUCAUGCUUGGUUAUUAUUAUCAUUAAUAAAAAAAUCAAGUCCUGAUGAAAGUUUAUGGUUGUCUAUGCGAAAUCUACUUCAUGCUUAUCGUAAUUCGACUUCAGAAUUUGAACAUCUUUUGAGAAAGAAUUUCACAUUUAAAGAGCCUGACUUAGUCAAAUCUUCUCCCACUAAUACUGCCACCACCAUUACCAACAUCAACACCACAUUGGAUUUCAUUGAUACUUCAAUAAUUCUUGGACAAGAUAGCUUUGAAAUAUUAUCAGAAAUGAUGAAAUAUAUAUGUAAGUCAGACUUGUCAAUGUCAACCAUACCAUCAACAUUAUCAUCAAAUCAAACUGGUGAUUUGGAACAAUCAUUUCACGCUAAUCAUAUAUGUCAAAUCGAUAAAUGGAUAGCAAAACAAUGGUUUGAUAAACAUUUAAUCUGUAAAUUAAUUGACUUGCUAGAACAAUUACCUUAUUGUAAUAAUGGUGAUCUUUGUUUAAAAAUGAAAUCAUUUCUCGACUUGGAUUAUGCUAAUGGUUGUUUUGAUGAUGUAAUUAAACAUCAAUUUGAUGAAUAUUUCGCUUAUCCAUGCACAGAAACAUUACAAUCGAAUAAUUUUAAAGUAGCUUUUUCAGUAUGUCGAUUUCUUGUUUCAAUUGGUAAUGCAUUGAAAUCAGAUGGUGUGUCAAAACUAAUUGCACCACAUUUUAAAGUCAAGCUAAUGAAACAAACAGAACAUGGAAAUUAUGAAUAUGAUCACAGUUCUAUGCAAACUGGACUUUUAGCUGGUUAUUGCUGUUUGCUUUCUUCUACACAAUCUAAAUCAGAAAUAGGUCAAGUAAGAAUGCUGUUGACAAGUGCUAUAUUUUUACAUGCACGUGAGGGUUUCCCACUUCAUUGUAUUAAUUUAACGGCUUGGUGUCUUUGUUUAACUACGAAUUUAGAUAUUGCUGUACAAGAAAUUUUACUUCCAGCAAUACGACCAUGUUUAAGUUGCGCUGAUAGUUCAGUUCGUCGAGCAGUAGCUAAUCUACUUCAUGGAUUAAUUGAAAUUCUACGAUUUAUUAGUGGAUCGUAUAGUAAUAAUGACAUCUCACAUACGAGUACAACAACGUCGACAUUCACAACACAUAAUGAUAUUUGCAAAUCAAAUUUAUUAGGAUUAAUAUGGCCAUUUAUUAGUCAAGUGACUAGAGAUGAUUUAACUGGUCAACGUAAACGUAUUACACCGGAUCAAGCUGAUUGGAGUGUGUUAUGUUGUUCACUUGGUCCAUUGUACAGUUUCAUCAUGUUAAUAUGUGUACCAUUUCUAAAUUCGACUUUGUCUUCUUCCUCUGUUACUAUUGUUGCUGGUGGUGGUGAUCCUUCUGGAGGCUCUAAAAUAGAAAAUAUUCCUUCUUCUUCUACAACAACAAUGGAUACAACUUCAGCUUCAACAACAGAUACAUUAACAAACAACACAUUUAAUGAAUAUGCUAAUUAUCGUAUUAUGGCAUUUGAUUUACUUAGUUUACAAUAUGAUUUGGUUGUUGGUCGAACGAAUUCCAAUGAGCAACUUAAUUCUAAUGUACAAAAUACAGGCAUAGAUUAUACAAUGGAUCGAUUGAUAAUUUCACAACGUCGAUUUUGGAAUACAUUAGUUAAUAAUCUUCUAGAUUUAACUAAUCGUCUUCUUCCGAUAUGUGGUGAAAAUUUUCAACAAAAUAAUAUAUUACCAUGGCUUUUUAAUUUAGCUGAAAUGAAUAAUUCUUUGCCAAGUUUAGAAAUACGUGUUGAAUUAGCUAAUCAUUUGUUCACAGUUCUUUCGACAGCUGCAUAUUAUUGAACAUUUGAAACGUGGCAAUUUCAAACCCUUUUCGUCAGUGAAUGUGAAAAACUGUACAAGAACACACUAUACAUCACUAAAUUGAAUGUCAACUACUUGAAAACAAAUAAAUAUCCAGUAAGCAUCAAAUAUCAUGCUUUUCAUCUUAGAACGUCGUCCAUAUAUCACCAUAUUUAAGUUAAUAAAUAGUUAACUCUUUCAUUAAAGUAAAUUUAUAAUCUAUCAUAAUAUUUGUUGAAGAUUAAAAACUAUCUAUCUUGGAUCGUGGAUGCUCACUGUUGAGGAGUCCCACAAUAAGAUGAAAUGACUGUCCAAUGCUUUCAGGUUUUCCAAUGGUGGUUUAGCUUCAAUUGACUCAUGAUCUCAACUAUUAAAAUGUACAAUUCUUUGAAAACAGAAUCAUCAUCUUAAAAAUCUGCACUAGAAUAUUAAACCGUCAUGGAAUUGAUAUUGUUCACAGAAAGAACUGAAAAACUCAACAGAUAAAAGACGAUCCUACUUGCAUCAUUUAAAAUAUAAAUUGCAUCAGGUUAAGAUGUCUACAUAUUCACCUCUACUUCCCUAAAUUAACAGUUUUACAACAAUAUUUAUGUCAUACUAAUGCUUAUGUAGACAACUUUAAAUGUAAAUUUUGCUGACAAGUUAUCUAAUAUUAAAUCGAGACAUAUUAGUAUUGCCUAAUAGUCUAAUAUUUAGAUGUAGUUUAUCACUUAAUAUAAAGAGUUAAAUGCAAUGAAAUGGUCAGAAAGAUUACUGUAGUAAAACUUGAACCUAUGCAUAUAUUUGCCUUGUCCUACCUUGUAGCUGACUAAGUCAGUGGAAAUAUAUAAUGACUCAUAUGAGUAGUAAAUACUCUCGAAUGAAUCAAUGACAAUCAUUUUUACUACUAUUAGAUUAGAUCACUCUACCGAUACCCUAUAUAUAUCAGAUAUUCAAUUCAUGACCAGUAAUAGAGAACCAGAGUAUAUAGUCUAGAUAAUACUCUAUUCAACACAAUUACAAAGUAGUUCAUGAAAGAAAAUCACAAAUUAAAUGGCCAAUAAUCUAUAUCUGUCAGUUCACGUUCAAUAGUAGCUGACCACAACUUACGUUCAUUAGCCAUACAUGAAAUAUGAUCACAGUUCAUUUCGUAUUUUUAAUAAUUUGUUUAAUCUUUUUUGAGUUAUAACCUUAAUCCAAUUAAAUUAUCUUGCAACAUUAUAAACACAAUUGUUUAACUUGAAUUAAGCUGUACAAAAUGAGAAAAGUUUACUUCAGUGGUUAGUUCCAGGUUUAGAUCGUGUACGUUUAGAUUUAAUUGAAAGUGGAGAUAAUCGUCGUGUUCGUGAAGUAGAACAAUUCUUAUCUGAUUUAUACUCGAAUCUUCGAUUAAAUGAUCAAGGACGUUCUUCCAAUUCGAAUUCAUCUGCCGGUAUACGUACUAGUGUAUCCAACCGUUGGACUAAACUAACUUCAUUCAAUAAUUCCAAUAAUAAUAAUAAUACUGUGAGUGGUACUAGUCACAGUACUGACAGUCAUAGUACUACUACGAACACUAAUACUACCAAUACUUUUAAUACUUCUAACAAUGGAAUAAGUGUUCCUUCAGCAUUCAACACUACUUUAGAUACUAGUCAUAACUCACCACCAGAAAUUGAAAUGAAAAAAUCUCAAUCUCGAACAAAAAAUUUACGUUUCAAUUUUCGUCGACAUUAAUAAUAUUAAUCAUAAUAAUAAUGAUCAUUUUAUCACAAUCUACACAUGAUACACAGUUUGUUUGUUUUUCUUUCCUUCUUUUAUUUCCUUUCAAUUAAUGGGGUAACAUUCCAAGAUUCUGUAAUUUAUGUGAUUAUCAGAGAAAUAAAACAUACAUCAUUUUUGAACCUACUUUUAUGUUUUGGAACAAUGUUAUUUUCUUAUGAUCUGUACUCAUUACCAUUAUUUAUUAUGACGUAUUUUUUAUUUAUAUUCAUGAUUGACUUGUAAUUUAUCUUCUUUGUAAACAUGAACAUCAAGUAUUUUACAAAUGAUACAACAUAAUUCUAAGUGAGUAUUUCCAUUGAUAUAUAUCUGUCUUGAACAAUAUCGACAAGUAUGGUAAUAAUCGGUGGUUGGUUUUCUUGAUUUUUGGAUCAUCUAUUCAUCGUAAAACCAUGCUUCAAUAUAAGAUUGUUAUUACUGUAACUGAUAUGCGUAUUAUUGACUUUGUUAUUUUAAUUUUAUAUAUAUAUAUAUCCCUAAAACCAAUAUGCCUUAACAUAUCAGCUAGGCUGUGUUUUGUUUGUUUUACGGGUGAUAUUUUAAAUGUUUUUCUUUUGUUUUUAUCUCGAAUGUCAAUCUCUUUUUUUUCUUCUACUUAUUUACUGAUUAAUGUUUCUCGUUGAAAGUUGAGUUUUGUAAAUUUCCUGUUUUGUCCUGUUUUUUAAAGAACCGCUUUCAUAUGUUCAUAAUUGAAUAAAAAAGAGAACGAUCAAACCUCUUAGUGAUUAUUUUAUGUUUAUUUUCCGAUUCUUAUAAAAAUCAAAAUAGCAACUCUACAAUUUUGUUUUUGUAUACAAUCAUAACAAAUUCACUUUUUCUAAUUAUUAUUAUUAUUAUUU